AUGGCCGCCUACAUGAUGCUUCAAAGUCUGGCUGAUAUGCCCGAUCCCAGCGUCCUCGAUGAUCCCGACUUUGCCCUUCUCGACUCCGUGGUGAAGGAGACGCUGCGCUUGUCCAUUCUUCCUAGCACCGUGCGACAGGUACUGCACGACACCACGAUCAUCGGAGGAAACGGGCAGGAGUACCGCAUCUACAAAGGGGAAGGCGUGUUAGUGGACGUUCGCGGCAUGCAUCUCGAUUCGGACUAUUUCCCUGAUCCUGAAAGUUUCAAAGCGGAUCGCUUCACGAACAUCAAAGGGUACGGGGAACACAAUGGUAUGAAAACUCUGGUUCCUUGGGGAGGGGGCAUGUAUAUGUGCAAAGGACGAACUUUUGCUCAACACAUGAUCAAGAUGUUUCUGAUCAUGUGUUUCCAUCUGUAUGACAUCGACAUGCAUCCGAAGUCUUCCCCUCCUGCGGCGUCAUCGGCGAAAUCUAUCUCAGUUGUUCGUCCUGAUAGCGCGCUUAAGAUUCGCCUUCGAAAACGACAGCUGUGA